AUGCUGAAGCAACUCGUCAUCUUCUCAGCUCUUUUGUAUUGCGGAUCGGCUAUUUCGUGUUGGUAUGAUGUACUUGUAGGAAAUGGAUAUUCGCAUACUGGAGGGCAACACAAAGUCGACUGCACGUGGAACACUAACUACUGCUUAAAAUUUGAGUACCCUGUAAGUAUUUCAAAGAUUUCUGUAGUCAUUAAAACGCAAAUUGAUCCAUUUCUUUGGGCGGCGUCGUUUGGGGCUGUCCAAACGAGGGGAUUUGCAAGCACACCGGCUCGGCUACCGUUAUGUACAACGACGGGUACGGCCAAAUCGUCCCGUCAGUUUCCGCUCCCCGCUCGGUUGGCAAGACCGAAAUUUUUCGAUCCCGAGAAGGAGGACGUUUACCCGGAAAGGAACUGUUUCUCUGGCCGACCGGUCGUGUUGAUGAAGACUUCGAUUUUUCUUGCCGCUAUAUUCACCUGCACGCUGGCCACCGGAAGCUCCUGGACGAUCCAAUGGGCCGAACCAAAAGAUUAUCCGGAUCCCAGGAGUUCCGACUAUCCAGAAUGCCGAAUGAAUUCUGUCAGUAGCGUCUGCGAUCCAACCGGGGAAUUUCCAACAUCAGAUUGCUAUCGUCUAAACAACGCCCUGAAACGCCUAUCAUUCAAACCAGACGAUCAAGAUUCUUGUGAUGAGAAAGGAAUCGAUGCCAUGCUGGCAAUUUCCGCGGAGAAAGGGCGUAACCAAAGUUUUGCCGACGAAUUACAUGGACGCUGGAAGAAGCGUGCAAAAUGCCACAAGUUUGCCGUGUUUUUCUUUGACGCUGAUGCUCAUAAAUUGUAUCUGUCGAAUGACUCGAAUAUGGACAAAAACAUCGUCGAAGCGGCCUACAAAAAUAAUGAACACGACAUAAAAGGCACUGACAUGAUCACUGGGCUUUUGAAGGCCUUUAAAGAGAUCGAAACCAGCCUCGCCGACCCGGGCCAGCAACAUCAACAAGCUACGAUUCAGAAAAAUCAAGCACAUGACCCCAAAAACUCCGGAAAUCGCAUCUACGGCAAUAUUCUUAUUGUCGUUGGCCUGACCGUAAUUUGGUGUGGAUUGGGCGCAGCGUUA